AUGAGUAAAAUAAAUACACAUGCUCCAGAAAUAAAUACAGUUGGAAGCGAAGCAGCCAUAACUUCAGUAAUGGAAUCUUCUGUGCCAGUUAACGCAGAAAUAGCAGCAACACCAGUUAUGGAAUCUGAUACAGACAAGUCAUCUGAUGCUAAUCUAGUAAAAGAUCAUGAUGAUCAGUUGGGCCCUUUAAAAGAAAUUUCAUCUCAAGGGCAUCGUCUUUCAAAAUUCCGAUCAGAUUCAAUAAUACCAACUGCAGGACAUGAAGGCAUUUUGAUUGCUCCAAAACUUUAUAAAGGAGAAUCAAUUGCAGUCUACACAAGUGGUGGUGAUGCAUCAGGUAUGAACAGUGCAGUACGAUCAGUUGUUCGGAUGGGCCUUUAUCUUGGGUGUCGAGUAUAUUUAAUCUAUGAAGGUUAUCAAGGUAUGGUUGAUGGUUGUGAAUAUAUUAAAGAAGCUGAUUGGGAUUGUGUUUCAAACAUUAUUCAACAAGGAGGUACUAUCAUUGGAUCUGCACGUUGCAAAGAUUUUCGAGAACGAACAGGCCGUCUUCGUGCAGCAGAAAAUCUAGUCAAGCACGAGAUCACUAAUUUAGUUUGUAUUGGAGGAGAUGGUUCAUUAACAGGCGCAAAUUUAUUUCGGCAAGAAUGGCCAAGUUUAAUUCAGGAACUUGUACAAACAGAAAGAAUUAGCAAGGAUAAAGCAGAAACAUGCAAAAAUAUUCAAAUUGUUGGUCUUGUGGGCUCGAUUGAUAAUGAUUUUUGUGGUACUGAUAUGACAAUUGGUACCGAUACCGCGCUUCAAAGAAUUAUUGAUGCUAUCGAUUCUGUAAUGUCAACCGCACAAAGUCAUCAACGUACAUUUGUAAUUGAGGUCAUGGGUCGACAUUGUGGUUACUUGGCUCUUGUGGCUGCUUUAGCAUCCGAAGCAGACUUUUGUUUUAUUCCUGAAUGGCCAGUACCUGUAGAUUGGCCAACAGUAUUAUGUCAUAAACUUCAAAUGAUGCGUCAUGAAGGAUCACGUCUAAAUAUCAUCAUCGUAGCAGAAGGAGCUGUUGAUCGAGAAGGCAAAGUCAUUACAGCUAAUCAGGUUCGGGAUAUAGUGAAAGAACGAUUACACUAUGAUACACGAGUAACUGUGCUUGGUCAUGUACAACGUGGAGGCAGUCCAUCGGCAUUUGAUCGACUUCUGGGAUGUCGAAUGGGUGCUGAAGCCGUUCUUGCCUUAAUGGAAAUGACGCCAGAAUCAGAACCUUGCGUUGUAUCAAUUGAUGGCAAUGCUAUUGUCAGAGUACCACUAAUGCAAUGUGUUCUUCGUACUCAAGCUGUGAAAAAAGCGAUGGAUAACAAAGACUGGGAUACAGCUGUGAAACUUCGUGGACGAAGUUUUCAGAGAAACUUGGAAACUUAUCGCCUUUUAACCAAAUUAGAACCGGAAAAAAACAAAACGUCUGAUCAACUUAGAUAUAACUUUGCUGUUAUUAAUGUUGGAGCACCUGCUGGAGGAAUGAAUGCAGUUGUACGUUCAUUUGUACGUAUGGGUAUUUAUCAUCACUGCAAAGUGUAUGGUGUAAAAAACUCAUUUGAAGGACUUGCAAAAGGAGAUUUGAAAGAAAUGUUAUGGGGUGAUGUAAAUAACUGGGUUAUGCAUGGUGGAUCAUUUCUGGGAACCAAGAAACAACUACCAGAAAAAAAUAUGGAUCAAGUGGCAGCAACACUACAAAAAUUCAACAUUCAUGGAUUAUUGAUUGUUGGUGGUUUCGAGGCAUAUCAUUCAUGUUUGUUAAUUGCACGUGCUCGUAAGCAAUAUCCAUCACUUCGUAUUCCACUUUGUAUAAUACCUUGUACAAUCAGUAAUAACGUACCCGGUACAUCAAUUUCACUUGGUUCUGAUACAGCAGUGAAUGAAAUUUGUGAUAUGAUUGAUAAAAUUAAGCAGUCUGCAACUGGUACCAAAAAACGAGUAUUUAUUGUCGAAACAAUGGGUGGAUAUUGUGGAUACUUGGCAACUUUAUCUGCUCUUGCAUCUGGAGCUGAUGAUGCAUAUAUAUUUGAAGAAAGUUUCAAUGUUAAUGAUAUGAUUGAAGAUGUUAAGGUAAUUACUAGAAAAAUGAGCACUGGCGUUCAAAGAUACCUAAUUAUUCGAUGCGAAAUGGCUAAUAAAAAUUAUACAACACAAUUUGUCAAUCAACUUUUUGCUGAAGAGGGUCGAGGCAUAUUUUCUACAAGAAUAAACGUGCUUGGACAUGCGCAACAAGGUGGUAAUCCUACUCCAUUUGAUCGUAAUAUGGGAACAAAAUUAGCUGCACGCGCAUUAGAGUAUAUGAUUACUCAAGCUAAAGAAUACGUUAAUUUAGCAACUAAUGAACGAAAUGCAAUUCAUGAUGAUAGUGCAACGCUUCUCGGUUUAAGAGGUCGAAGAGUAGUGUUCACACCCGUAGAAGAAUUAGCCAAAGAAACUGAUUUUGAGCAUCGUUUGCCAAAAGAUCAGUGGUGGAUGCGUGUACGACCAUUGUUAAGAAUAUUAGCAAAACAUGAUUCUAUCUAUGAAGCUGAAGCAUUGGCAGUGAAGGAUUUUGAAAAUGAUAUCCAAUAA